AUAACAUCAUCAACCGAAACGUGCAAAAUCCAUUGGGAAUCUCUUGAUCUCUUCAUUUCUCUUGUUUCCCCCAUUUGAAAUCGAUCGAGCUGGUGAGAGAUGCCUGGCUUAACAUGUAACGCCUGUAACAUGGAGUUCGAGAACGAAGCUGAACGAAAGCUUCAUUACAGCUCCGAUUGGCACCGCUACAAUCUCAAACGCAAGGUAGCUGGAGUUCCUGGGGUUACGGAGGAGUUGUUUGAGGCUAGACAAUCUACUCUUGCUCUGGAGAAGAAAGGUAAAUCAGAUGAAGCGCCUAUGCUUUAUACCUGUGGAGUCUGUGGUAAAGGUUACAGGAGUUCCAAGGCUCAUGAGCAGCAUCUCAAGUCACGUAGCCACGUUUUGCGCGUUUCACAAGGGGAAACAAGCAGAAAUGGUGAUGAGGAUGUGGCGAUAGUCACGCCACUUCCUCCUCGCCGUUUCAAGAACGAGGAGAGUGAUGAUGAGUGGGUGGAGGCUGAUUCAGAUGAUGAAUUGGCUGAAGAAGAACAAGCCUUGGAUUCUUUGUCUAAGUUGAAUGUGAAUGAGUCAGGAGGUGGUGAGGAAGAUAUGGAUGAAGACAAGUAUGAGUUGGAUCCGACUUGUUGUUUGAUGUGUGACAAGAAACAUAAGACUUUGGAGAGCUGUAUGGUUCAUAUGCAUAAGCACCAUGGUUUCUUUGUUCCGGAUGUUGAGUAUUUAGAAGAUCCAGAAGGGCUUCUCACUUACCUCGGUCUUAAGGUCAAGAGAGACUUCAUGUGUCUGUACUGUAGCGAGCUGUGCCAUGCAUUCAGCAGCUUAGAAGCUGUAAGAAAGCAUAUGGAAGCAAAGAGUCAUUGCAAAUUGCAUUAUGGUGAUGGUGAUGAUGAUGAAGAUGCUGAACUCGAAGACUUCUACGACUACAGCAGCAGCUAUGUUGAUGAAACUGGAGACCAGAUAGUCGUAGCUGGUGAAACAGAAAACGCUGUAGAACUCGUUGGAGGUUCUGAGCUCGUUAUCACUGAGAGAUCUGAGAACACAACAACGUCUAGGACUCUGGGGUCCCGUGAAUUCAUGCGUUACUAUAGACAGAAGCCGCGCCCAAGUUCUGAAAACAGUAACCAGAUUGUUGCCUCUCUGUCUUCAAGGUACAAGAGCCUUGGUCUGAAGACAGUGCCAUCGAAAGAGGAUAGAGUGAAGAUGAAAGCGAUUAAGGAGAUGAAUAAGAGAGGCGAGACAAUGCGUACCAAGAUGGCAAUGAAGAGUAAUGUCAUAAGAAACUUGCCCAAUAAUGUUCCAUACUAGUCUCUCUCUCUCUGAGCUCUUUUGAAUUCUGUGACGGUUCCAUGUACUUUGACAAAGUUGUGUUUGUCAUAAUAAGACUGAAGCUUUUAGAACAUAAAUAUUAAAGUUACAUCUCUCAGCAUACCUUCACUGUUGAAAGAUAGCCUGUAAGAGACAACGAAUCAUGGUACAAACAAAAAGCUUUUUUUUCUUAUGUUUUUGUACAAGGCUGCGACUGCGAGUACAUGUCACAAGACAAACAAACCUAACAUAAAAAUUUGUAUUGAAAGAAAAGAAAAGUCCAAAACCAAGAACAACACUGGCUACGAAUAUGCUGGUCUACUUCAUCUGCUUCCCAUCUUCAACUUCAAUUGAUACCCUAGUUUGCAUAAAAGCGAGAGCGACGCCUUCUAGCAUUGUAAACCAGAGAGAACCUAUGGCAUCAUCAAGUAAACGUCUAUUAUGUAACCAUCAUGUAGACACAAACAACAAAUCCAAAAUCUAGUGGUGCCAAUCUAUCAAAGAGUAAAUGAUUCUAACCUUUGAUGCAUAGCGCUACU